UAGAACGAACGAACUCGAGUCGAGUAGGAGGAAGAAAAAAAAAAGAGAGAUCAAAGAAUCGACAGGUCUCAGCCGGCGGCGACCAUGGAAAGCAUCACCGGAGGAGCGGGGGCGGCGGCGUCCCCGCGGCGGGUGGUGGUGGCGGUGGACGAGAGCGAGGAGAGCAUGCACGCGCUGUCGUGGUGCCUGUCCAACGUGGUGUCGUCCGCCGCCGCCGCGAAGGCGCCGCCGGCGGCCGUGGUGCUGGUCCACGCCCGGCCGGCGCGGCCGCUCUACUACCCGGUGAUCGACGGCGCCGGGUACGUGCUGACGCAGGAGGUGAUGGACAGCAUGGACCGGUACAUGGCCACCGCCGCCGACACCGUCGUCGCCAAGGCCAGGAACAUCUGCACCGCCUUCCCCAAUGUGAAGGUGGAGACGAGGGUGGAGAAGGGGGACCCACGGGAGGUGAUCUGCGGCGCGGCGGAGAAGGCCGGCGCGGACAUGCUGGUGAUGGGGAGCCACGGGUACGGCUUCCUGCAGAGGACGCUGCUGGGGAGCGUCAGCAACCACUGCGUCCAGCACUGCAAGUGCCCCGUCGUCGUCGUCAAGAGGCCCGGCGCCGGCGACGGCAAGGCGCAGCCCCAAUCUUGAUUUGAAGCCAACCCAACACUGUGCUGGUGCUCUCCUGUCCAGAUGAGAUGCAAUCCACAUAAUAAUGUUCAUAUCAAUACGGACAUAGCUGCCUGAGUUGCUGCAGCGUUUGUAUAUAUAUAUAUAUAUAUUACCGUUUUUUCCUUCCUGUC